AUGUUCUCCAAAUCAUUCUGGAAGGGCCGCUCCCUGCGGACCUCGGAUAAGAAGAGGACCAAGGCCGCCGAGUUGACCCUGAAGGAAUCCCUCUUCCCAAUCUGCCUCGUCACCAUCCUCUUCUUCCUCUGGGGCUUCUCCUACGGUCUGCUGGACACUUUGAACAAGCACUUCCAGAACACUCUCAACAUCAGCAAGGCUCGUUCAUCCGGUCUCCAGGCCGCCUACUUUGGCGCGUACCCCUUGGCUUCUCUUGGACACGCCGCCUGGAUUCUGCGACACUACAGCUAUCGAGCCGUCUUCAUCUGGGGCCUGUUCCUGUACGGACUUGGCGCCCUACUCGCCAUUCCUGCCAUCUUGCACCGCUCCUUCGCCGGCUUCUGCAUCUGUAUUUUCAUCAUUGGCAACGGGCUGGGGUCGCUCGAGACAGCUGCCAACCCUUAUAUUACCGUAUGCGGCCCGCCCAAAUAUUCUGAAAUCCGAAUCAACAUCUCUCAGGCCUUCAACGGUAUCGGCACCGUUGUUGCUCCUGUCCUGGGAUCAUAUGUCUUCUUCAACUUCGACGACGUCAAGGCGCUUCAAAACGUGCAAUGGGUCUACCUCUCCAUCGCAGUCUUCGUGUUCAUUCUCGCCUUCGUCUUCUUCGUAUCCGAUAUCCCAGAGAUCACAGAUGCCGAUAUGGCUUUCCAAGCCGAGGAGUCCCGGGCCUCGGCUGACAGCGACAAGCCCUUCAUAAAGCAAUACCGGCUCUUCCAUGCUUCAUUCGCCCAAUUCUGCUACACCGGAGCCCAGAUCGCCAUUGCGAGUUACUUCAUCAACUACGUGACCGAAUCUCGCACCAACACCGACUCUGCUCUCGGCUCGCAGUUUCUGGCCGGCGCCCAGGGUGCUUUCGCGAUUGGCCGUUUCGCAGGCGUGGGUUUGAUGCACUUUGUCAAGCCACGCAUUGUUUUCGGAAUCUUCCUGACGAUGUGUAUCAUCUUCGUCGCGCCCUCCAUCACUCAUGGCCAGAACACGGGCAUGUCGAUGCUAUACGUCACGCUAUUUUUCGAGUCCAUCUGUUUCCCGACCAUUAUGGCACUCGGCAUGCGCGGGCUGGGCCGGCACACGAAGCGCGGCUCCGGUUUCAUCGUGGCCGGUGUCUUUGGCGGCGCCGUCGUUCCUCCGCUGACUGGCGCCGUGGCCGACAUGCACAACACGUCCAUCGCGAUGGUGGUUCCCAUGGCGUUCUUUAUCGCUGCGUGGACGUACGCUCUUGCAGUCAACUUCGCGCCCAAGUACCGCGACACGGCGGACGCUUUCACCGAGACGGAAAUAGGCCUGCAUGGACACCAUGAGGGUGUCGCCGAGGACGGGAGUCUGGGGGCUGAUGAGGAGAAAGCUGUUGUUACGGAUCAGAAGGAGAUCUGA